AUGGCGAUGGCUCGGAACGCCAACCUUCACCAAGCAACACAGACCGCAGAAUCCGUUAAGACUCCGGCGUCAUUUGGCCACGAUCGAUUAAACUGGGCAACGAAUGAAACACGGUUGAUCAAAAUCCUACCGCAAAACUUGUCGGAGCCCUCAAACGAGGACGAUCCGAUUGCUUGCGAGAUCACUAGCGUCUCCCUGGAUGACAACCCGCAAUACAUCGCAUUGUCUUAUGCUUGGGGCGACACAACGCUCACACGCCCAUUGCUGCUCAAUGGCCGGGCGUUCCGCGCGACUGCGAGCCUCGAUGCAGCGCUCCGUCAGAUCCGCAAGAUGCAAGUUCAAAGCACGACUUUUCGAGACAAACUCUUCUGGAUUGAUGCCAUCUCAAUCAACCAAAAUGACGAGAUCGAGAAGAGUUGGCAAGUUCAGAGAAUGAACGCCAUCUUCUCCGCAGCUCGCUACGCCCUGGUAUGGUUGGGCCCGUCAUCCAACGAUAGCGAUAAAGCUAUGGAGGUGCUUGAACAUGUAGGCUUGACAGUCGCUUCCGGUUCGGAUCCACUGGACAAUGCAGCGCUAAACACUUUCCACCUACUCUCGAGACUGUAUUACGAGCUCGCACCUUCCGUACGGGGGCUCCUGUUGCGAUCUUGGUGGCGACGCAUCUGGGUCGUUCAAGAGUUCGCAUCUGCCAAAGACGUCGUAUUUCUCUGUGGAGACGUCCAGCUCUCAUGGGGCCCUUGCUUGGGUGCGUUGGAAGCGCUUGAGAGGUUUCAGCGAGCGCUGGCCGAGAAGGGCUGGAGAGGAAAUAUUGGUAGCCAAAAUUACCGACAGUUAAUGGCUGAGAUCAAUGGCAUGAGCGGGAUCCUACGUCUCUUUCGCAUAAGGCAGGCGCUUAUGCAGGACCAUAAACGGCUCCCGCUGUGGGAACUUCUGACGCUGAAGCGCUUUGGCAUGUUGUCUACAGACAACAGAGAUUUCAUAUACGCUCUUACGGGGAUUGCUGAGGAUGCUGGGGCCAAGUAUUUGUAUCCCGACUACACUAAAGAGGUCGCACAAGUUUAUACUGAGGUUGCGAAAUGUUUCCUCGCGGAAGGCCGGCUACGCACCUUGUGGCUAUGCUCUCAUCCACGUCGGCUUGCGGGACUUCCCUCGUGGGUCCCAGAUUGGUCCUCUAUUUGGCAGUCGGAUCGCCGAUAUUUUUCUGGUGACUCCGGCUAUGGCUCUGGCAGCGCUAUCUUCUCUGCCUCCGGAAGCUCCACCCCAGAUGUCAGCUUCAGCUCCAGGAAUGGCCACAUGGUCCUCCACCUUGAAGGCUACCGACUCGACACGGUCAGCGCGACAAAGCCUGCCUUUGACAUGGACCAAGUGCUCCAGCCCGGCGCCUUUCCGCGCGCCCAAAUCGCGCUCCAGGGGCGCUACCGCGCUUUGUGGGAACUCCAACGUUCCAGAUGGGAUAACCUUUUCAGAACUUGUGUUACGGACAUUGAACCUGUCUGGGGUGCAGAUCUCCAUAUCAAGUACCGCCGCUCGACGCCCCGGCUGCGGCGUGAGUUGUACGGUGAACUUGCUCAUGCUACAGAUGAGAGCGGUGGGUUCGAGGCCUCUUGGGAACUGCCUGCUUCCCGUCUGGAUAUCUUAUAUCGCCAUAAUGGCAGGCGACCGUUUAUCACGAGGGGCGGCUAUCUGGGAUUAGGUCCAAAGGACAUGCGAAAGGGUGAUAUCGUGGUUGUUGUUUCUGGAGCCGAGGUUCCACUUAUCCUAAGAGAAGUACCCGAGGGUGGGUACAAGUUAGUUGGUGAGGCGUAUGUUGACGGGGUCAUGGAUGGAGAGGUAUUGGAUAUGGGGCUGGAAAAGAUCACGUUGGAUAUCAUCUGA